AUGAACAAUCGAGCUUUCCAAGCCUCCAAAGUUAUCUCUAUCCUUCGGCAGAUCCGAACCCUCGACCUCAGCGAUUCGACUUCUUGCUCUUCGACGCAGCGAAAACAAUCUCAUCAAGAAAACCCCAAGGAACCAGAAGGUGAGGUGUCGGAAAACUCAGAGAAGGUCGAAAGUGAAGACGAUGGUGCUCGCAAUGGCGAUGCUGAAGAUGAGGAUGAGGAUGAGGACAGUGAUGGCGUUCAAGUGAAUAAAGAGACAGGUGAGAUCGGAGGUCCCAGAGGUCCCGAACCUACUCGCUUCGGCGAUUGGGAACGAAACGGUGGGUGCUCUGAUUUCUGA